UUUAAAUUUAUAUAGAUAAUUUAAUUUAUAAUUAUUAGUUUCGAAAUAUUCCGAUAUCUAUUUUCUCAAAUAAUCAAGAAAUGAAUUAUUGUCCACACGCAAUUUUUAUGGACAAUUUUGUUAUACGUCAUGUUGCUAUGUGCAUAUACCAUUAAAAGCUAGGGAAUUUUUCAGGGGGUCACCGUACUCACCGUCUCAUUUCGAUGCAGUAAGUUGGCGUCAGUAUUUUAGUAAAUGUUUUACGAUUUGGCAAAAAUAUAUUUUCAAAACCGUGAAGCAUAGAUGCUUGCGUAUCGAUCCCGUCUCGUCGAAAGCCAGAUAGGCGAACAGGUGAUACGAUAUAUCGUCCUGUGUUAUAGUCCAUUUGUGCAAUACGUGUAAUUCAUCGGGACUGACUUCGCGCAUAAAUGUAGAGGAACAUUGGUUAUGUUCGCCGUUCGUGUGAAAACAAGUUAGGGAGCGAUGUAGCGGUAAGUAGAGAUCCGAGGAUCGGUCAAUUUCACGUUAGAAUAUCGCGGAAAUUCUAACACGGUGCACUUGCAGCGACGCAGGCACACCCGAUUUGUACGUGCAGAGAUUUUAUUCACGUCUGACCGUGGAACGAAAAUUCCGCAUAAAUGUACGGCGGUGGUGACAGGGACGGCGGCGGCAGCAGCAGUAGCAGGUGUAGUAACGUUCCCUGCACGGAUCAUCGAAACAAUGUCCGACGGUUCUAACAUGGGCCUAUUUGGCUCUAAGGACCGGAAUCAGGAACAAAAAGAAAAAUCUUCCAAGGACAGCUCCCCAGCCCGUUAUGCGCCAUACGGCGUUGACAGCGACACCGAGACAUACGAUACCGAGGCCCUGAGCAUGAUGGAUAUCAACGAUAUCAUCGGCGUACAGUCCGGUGAGCAGGUCGGCGAGUCGACCCUGGAGAGCGAGAUUGCCGCUCUUUCACAGAUUAUUACGGAUUCAAAGGUAGAACUGACUUUGCAGUCAAAGGACUUAAACCCAGUAAUACAACAACAGACUUCUUCUAAGAUAGCUAAUCUCACUUCUAGUACUCUUCAUAUCUCAAGCAUUGAUAAUACCAGCGAAUCUAGUAUUGUGUCUGAAAAGUGUACAGAUAGCAUUUGUGAGUUGCAGGAAGAAAUGUCUGAUCUUACCUGUGAAAAUGAGACACGCACGGAACCGUCAGUUAUCGCGGAAAUGAGUGCCUCGGAAAACGCAGAUGUGGACUUUAAACGCGAUGAAGCUUUCGACGUAAAGACUAGCGAAAUAGUUAUUAAUACAUCCACUAUGGUUUGUACAUCAGAAUUGUCUUCCAAUGACAAAUCGUGCAUUGAUAAUAAUUCGUUGACUGUCACGUCAAACGAUACUUUACAGGGAACUGUCCGAGACGAGCAACAAGUGGACAUUGUUUUUCCCAUGGGUCACGAGAUGAGCGACGCUAAGAAAACGGCGGAUGAAACUGUUGACAAUAUCAUUGACAGCCAAAACGAAACCAAGAGUGGUUUAAAGCCUGUAGUAAUAGCUUGUGGAAACAUUAGCAAGAGUUUACAAUUGAUAGGAGAAGCAUACAACUCUGAGGAUUCGGAGGAAACUGACAUGAAUGACAAUGACUCGCCUAAAGAAACCCCAUCACUUUCUACUCAUAGGGAAACUUCGUCAUCGGAUGUUUCUGCAAAACAGCACAAGGAAGAUAGUUGUGAAAUAACCGAUAUAUUGGAGCAAAGUACUGAGAUUUCUUCAAAGUUAAAUGACACGAGUGUGGCUAUCUCGGAAGAAUUAAACGCGAAAGUAGAAACUGUUAUAGAUAGCAAAUUAGAUCUAGAUAAAAUAGAGUCAGAAAAUUCUAAUCAAAGUGAAAUGUUGCAACAAGUUUUAGAAGUACAAGAAGAUGUAGACGAUACUGCGUCAACUAAAGUAUCAGAGUGUGUUGAUAUUGAAACAUUAACUCGCACACAACAAAAUGAAAAUAAUACUGAAAUCGAAAUGAAUACAACUGAAAGAACAGCAUUAGAACAUCAAUCUUCUAAUGAAACUUUGAAAGAAACUGCAGAUACAAUUGUUGAUACAUCUGCCAUAUUAACAAUGGAAAUAACAAAGAAUAUAGAACAAAGGGAAGAAAAUACUGAAAUAGAAUCAAGUACAUUAGCACUAGGUUCUGAAACAGAAGAGCAAGAUUUAGCAAUUUCUAGUGAAAAAGAACUGCCAAAUACGAAAGAAGCAAAUGAGCAUAGUUGUCCUGCUGUUGAUGCAAACGUUCUUGAAUGCGAAGAUAGGGAUAUUGUUUCAGUAAAUAAAAUUCAGGAGUCUACUUUAACCAAAACAUCUGAUAAGGAAUUAAGUAUGACAGACGCGACGAAUAAAAAUAAUAAUUCUCAGGAGGUAGAUGUCACUUUUAUACAGAAGGAUCUUGAAAAAACUGUUGUAACUUCUGAUAAUCAAGAUAGUGCAGAUGUAGUGGAGACUAAAAAAGAAACAUCUGUACUAAUGGAUACAAAUGUACUUCAAACUGCAUCAGAUACAACUAACAAAGAUUUAAUUUUAAAUGAAGAUAUAUCAAGGAAUCGUCCAGAUGCUGAAGAAAAGAAUAUAACUGAUGUACCUGCAGGUAGUCACUUACUAAGUGAGGAAAAUUCAGAUUUGAGCUCUAAAAAUUUGAUAAUACAGAGUGAUUCGACAUCUGAUGGUAAUAAUUCUGAAGAUACAAAUGUUUGCACACAAGAUGUUCUUGAAACACUAACCUCGGUUAAACAUGAAAAAUCCAUUGAUCAAUUUCCAUCUGUGUUAUUAGAAAAAUCUGAAAUUAAUAAUACUACAUCUAGUAAAUUUGAAGAAUUACAUUCUAUUCUGAUUUCGCACGAAGAUUCAAGUAGUUUAGAAAAUGUAAGCAAAUCCGAAGUUGAAGAAAUAGAAAAUGUAGAAAGAAAGAUAUUGGAAGCUGCAUCAUUAUCUGUUAACAAAGAUCAAAAUAAAACUGCAUUGAUAGAAAAUAAACCAGUGCAAAUGUCUAAUCAAUCUGAAUCAAGUGUUCUAAAACAAGACAAUUCGUCUAUAAAAGUAGAAAGUAAAUUAUCUUUGGAAAAUGUUACGUCUUCCAAUAUAUUAUUAGAGAAUGAUACAAAUUCUUCAUUAACUGAAAAUUUGAUUGCUCCAGAAAAUGAUGUAACAGAUUACAUUUGUAACAUAGUACGGAAGGAAGAUAAAGUCGCGGAAAAUAUUACAGCUGAGAUAUCAUUGAAUGAGACAGCAAUAAAAAUAUCAGAUUUAGACGAGGAUAAAGUUAAAGAAAUUGAAAAGAUUACUGAAAAGGAAAAGAAAGUGAAUGAAAUAAAUUUAGUUUCGGAAUCAGUAAUUCCAGAGGAUGUCCAAGCAAAUUCAGAGAAUAUCAAUUUACAAGACGAUGAAAAAACGAAACCGUGUGAAAGAAUUGCGAAAAUACCUAUGGAAUCGAAAAACUCAAUCGAUGUAGCGCCGACAGUUGAAGAGAAUAAUAUGCAACCAAUUAUAAAAGAAUCCACUGAUGCUAAUUUAAAAGAGGUACAAUCAAAUAUCGACGAAAUCUCUUUAUCACAAAAGAGCUCAGACGAAAAAAUGAGUACUGAAAAGUUAAUAGAGAAACUGCCUCAAGAUUUGGCAAAUGUGGAUGCUCCAGCUACCGUUCAAACCGUAGAUUCUCUAGAAGGACUUUUGGACAUAACACUUAUGUCAGACAAUGAAAAUUCUUCGUUAAAGGAUAUGAAAACUGAGGAUAAAACCUUAAUGGAGGAGAUAGUAAGUAAAAACAUUGAUAUGGAUCUUUUAUUAGAUCAAGCAAAUCAAAGCGAAGCAACCAUGACGCAGAGUUCGGACUACAUAACAAAUGUUAUUGUUAGUUGUUUGUCAAACAGAGAUAAUGAAACGAGCGAGACUGAUAUCAACAUACCGAGUAACGAUAAAACUACCGAAAACAAGGAUACUAGUUUAAAAGUGAACGAAGACAUGAGUGCGGAGCUGGUUAGUGAGACGGCGAGUAACGAUAAGAUGGAAGAGUCUCUUGAAACGGAUAGUAAUUUGCAGCAGAACGAUCUGGACGUGGAUUUUGAGAGCAGUCGAUUGGAGGCCGUUGAUUUAGAAGAAAGCGAAACGAAACUGGAGCUGCCGCAGGAUAUUCUGGAGGGUGUAAUACCGAGCGAGAGUCUUUCCCGGCAUACCGAUACUCCAACCGUCAUCGAGAAUUCGCAGUCGAGUUCGGAGAUCUCGGAAUUGGAAUCCGCGGUGAAGUUUUUGCAGGAAUCAGAGGAGCAAACGAUAGACUCACUAGUACUCUCGCCGAAAAUGGUGGAGAGCGUCGUCGAGGACAUAACAAAGCAGGCGAACGCGGAGCUCUACGUGCCCGAUGAAAUAGACAAUUUUACGAACGCCGAGUCCGAAUUAGCGCAUCUAAGGAACGCUGAUGCUACGGAUUCGAUCUCCAUUUCGGAAGCAGAGAUCAUAUCGGAGGCGGCUAAGCUAGAGAAUGAGCGAAAAUUUGCGACGCAGAUGCAGAACGUUCCUAAUAUUGUCGUGAAGGACACCGAAGAACUAAAUGAAGAAACUCGCAUGUGUUUAUCUGAUACCACUUCUGUCGCGGAUAACUCCUUGAAUGCGCAAACGGUGGAACAAUCGCACAAGGAAAAAGGAGCUGUACCCGAAAUUAGAUCGUUGUCAAGUGAAGGUAUUCUGAAAGCAUGCGAACUGAUUCCGAGGGUGUCAAUAUUGGAGGAGCGAUUGAAGGAACCGCCAAAGAUCGAGAUACCCGUUCCGGAUUCAUCUAAGGUAUUGGAAUCUUCUAUCAGUCCGAACGAUAGUCUUCUUAUACCGAAGGACGCGAGAGCUAUCGCGUACUCGAGAAUGUUGGAAUCACCAAAAUCGGCCGAUAAAGUUGAGUUGAAAGGUGCAGACACGCCGCGCAAGGAUUUUGAGAAACAUUCGGACUUGGAGAACGUCGGUUCGCCGAGAAUAAUCCUAAAGAUCGCCAAAUCAGCGAUCACAGAUUGCAGCGAACCACGAUCACCAAAGAGUCCAAAGAUCCGAUCGGCUACGAAUUCACCGAAUCCAGAUGACAGUCCAGGUCAAAAGUUAGGAAAGAUUAAAUUGAAAUUAUCGAAGGGAGGCCAUCCAUCCAUAAUAUCCAACGAAAAUCUGGAUGAGGUCAACCAGUGGCACACCACUGAGAACACAUCGUCAUUAUCUCCCAUCGGUAUGAAAAUCAAGCUCUCUAAAUCCGGCGACGCUUCAAUUGUGGGUAUAGAAAAACACGAAAGUCCAGACGAUUCGAAGGAGGUGAAGUACAAAAUCGAAGAGCCGAAGAGAACGGAUUCGCCGAUCGGUAUGAAGAUAAAACUAUCCAAAUCUGGAGAUGCCUCGAUUAUCUCCGAUUCCAAGCAACAAGAUACCAAAGAAGCUCUCACAAAACACAAGGAGAAAUUGGAGAUGCCGCAAGGAAGCCCAAAAAGAACAGAAUCGCCAAUUGGAAUGAAGAUCAAACUCUCAAAAACUGGUGACGCUUCUAUUAUUCAGACUGACAGGCAAGAAUCUUUAGAAGAGCACAAAGAAGUCACGCAGAAAAGAACGGAUUCUCCGAUUGGUAUGAAAAUUAAACUGUCGAAAACCGGUGACGCUUCCAUCGUAUCUCCGGAUGCUUCCGAGGAUUUGUCUACGAAGACGAAGGAAAAGCAAGAUCAUCCGGAGCUACCGAAAAGGACUGAGUCUCCGAUUGGAAUGAAGAUAAAGCUAUCUAAAUGCAAAGGCGCUGCAUCUAUUAUUUCGGUAGACAACACUGAAGAUACAAAGGACAAAUUGGAGGUACCUGAACCACCUAAACGCACCGAGUCGCCACUUGGUAUGAAAAUAAAGUUAUCUAAAACCGGAGACGCGUCUAUUAUACAUUCCGAAGUCACAGAAGAUGUUAAGGAAAUGAAACAUAAAGACAGGUCUGAGAUAUUGCAAGACACAGUGAAAACACCAGAGUCUUCCGGGCUCAAGAUCAAGAUGAAGACAGGCGAAGCGGCAUCGUUAAUAUCGCCGGACGUUACCGAAGAGCAAGAUGUAUUACAAACUUUUGGAUUAUCUACAAGCAGCGUUCCAAGGAUUAAAGUAUCUAAAUCUGGAGAUAUGUCAGUGGUUUCUAAUAAAACAGAGUUAACAGAAGAGUCGAGAUCACGGGGAGAGGGUCAGGCAGAAAUGCCGAAGAGAACGGAAUCUCCACUCGGCAUGAAAAUCAAGUUGUCCAAGAGCGGCGACGCUUCCAUUGUGCAAAGCGAAAUUAUCGCUGAGGAGCAUCAAAGUAAGACCACGCGUGCCGAUGCAGAAUAUUCGAAAGGCAGCGACUCGUCACUCGGGAUGAAGAUUAAGCUAUUUAAAACCGGCGACGCUUCGGUGGUAGAAACACCAUCUUCCGGUUCUUCUUCCGAGAAGAAAGACAAACAGCAGCGACGCAGAGAUGCCGCCGAUUCACCAUUAGAGAUGAAAAUCAAACUGUCCAAAACCGGUCACCCUACGAUCGUAACCUGUGACAGUCACGGCGAGUCCACCGCGCAGAAAGGUAAAGAUCCAGCGGCUGUGGAUCCAGCAAUAAAUUUUUCUCACAGAUAUAUGGAACACGCUGCAGGGCAUAAAGAAUCUCCAUUGAAAAUCAUCAAGACCAGCGGUCAUCCGUCCAUUCUACAGAGCAAUCGUUCUGAACUGACGAUCGAGCCGGUGCAGAUGCAGAACAGAAAACAGCAACCGACGGAGACCGCCCAGCAACAGAUCGAAAUAUCGCCCAAACGUAAAGAUGUAACAAUCUCGCCAAUUGAAAGCAAGAAAUCUAAGUUAGAGACGCAGCUCUCGCAGAUUCUGCCGGAGGUCACAAUCCAACCAGUAAUGUGUCGGGAUCAGAAACAGCAGCAACAACAGCAGCAGCAACAGCAGAAACUAUUAUUCGAUCCGAAAACGAGUUUGAUCAGUCGACAGCAGAUGAACGUGAUCAACCAGGAGAUCAGUAUCACGCAAGUACGGUCAGAUAAUGCGUCCGACAAGUUCAAGGAUAUAUGCAAAAAUUCGCCGGGUGGAUUAUCGGAUUGCGAAAUCAUCGAACAUCGCCCGGAACUGAUAAUCGUUAACGAAAAUUCGAACUCCAGCCAGGAUGUUGUCAUCAUAGAGGAGGUGUCGCCCAAUAGAGCCGAUAUUAAGGUGCCGAAGAAGAGAGGCAGACCGCGAAGAAAUCCUGCGACAGUGCAACAGCAACAACAGCCAUCCGCGCAAAUGCUGAUACCCAGAGAUCCCUUGGCAUUAGAUGAUGUACAGCAAGUUCCUCCGCAACAAUUCGAACACAGAGAAAACGAGAGGCCUAAGAGAACUUGCAGGAAUCAGAAAAGUUAUGCUCCACCAAAGAGAGGCAGAGGAGGACGAGGUCGUGGUAAACGGAAACUAGAUAACGUAGAGCCUCAAAUUGGAAAAAAAACUCGUAUAGAGCAAGACUUAUCAGCUAUAGAGGCAUCGACGAUGGCUGUCAUCACUAUUGACGAAACACCAGUACAACAAGAAUCACUUCGGAAAUCAUCAGAACUUUACAAGGCGCUAAAGCAACCACCCAUAGAUCGUAAAAGCUCCGCGUUAGGUCGUAAAGAAGCGGCAAAAAAGGAUUCCAAAAUCUCGAACUCGGAGAUUGCGGUACUAGAUCCUACAAGUUCGUUAUGCACUCAAGAAGAUCCGACAAAAGCGUCUAAUCAGAGCUUAUUGGUUUCGAAAGCUGACGAGCAGCAUAAAAAACCAGCCUUAGAAAUCGUUUCUGAGAGGACGCAGAAGUCGGCAGUAAAGCAACAUGCCGAAAAUAAAGGUAAAAUAUCGGACGGGAUUAAAGAGAUACCUGUACCUCCCGGACAUUCGAAUUGGCUGACACCAACGUCGAAAAAGCAACCAGAUUCGACAGCCAUCAGAGGUGAAACAGUGUCGACAGUGCAAGUGAUUGAUGAAGAAACAAGAAUGAGCGCCGAAUCUGGUUCAAGGUCUCAAACACCGGCUAGAAAUAUACCAGCACCGACUUCGGAGACAAUAAUAAAUGAAGAGUCGCAGGGUAGUGUCUUGAGCACCGCCACGACAGAAUCGGAAAAAGUUAAAGUAAAGAACCGAAGAAUGGAAAUUAAUUUUGAUCCCGAUGAAGGACCUUUCACUGUUGAUAAAAUAGCAGAAUACGAAUGGCCACUGGAUCGAAAGGGUGAAACCUUUAUGAUACAGGAACAGAUAUCACAGUAUCUUGGCGUAAAGUCUUUUAAACGUAAAUAUCCUGAUCUCAAACGCAGAGUAGUUGAUAUGGAAGAGAGAAAUUAUUUGAGGGAGAAUGGAUUAGUCAGUGAAGCGAUGUGCGAUAUGGGAUUAACUGCAGUAUGUAGCUCGGAAGUACUAGACGUAAUGUGCAGUGAUUUCCCUGAUCAGUACGAAGAAUAUCGUAAGCAUAUGCGCGAGAAACAAGUUAAGGAACAUUCCAAGAAGCAGAAGGAAUUGACGGCAGCCGCAAAUGCGGAGAGAAACAGGAUAGACCUUGCGGAAAUGGCAAUGCAGUCCGCAUUUACAUGGAACGCCAACUUAAACAAAGCUCGCAAGGAACAGCGCAAAUACUGUUUAGAUCUGCAGACUUUCACGAUUCAGCAACCACAGCAGAAGCAACAGAAAAUCGACUCGGAGCAUAAAGUAGGACAUUAUCCUGUUGCUCUGAUACCAGGACAAUAUACUGAUUAUUAUCGAGAAUAUACACCAGCAGAACUGAGAUAUUAUCCGCUGAAUACAGUCUUAUAUGGACCCACGCGACCUAAUGAGCGUAAAAGUGAUAGUCAGUCGGAAGGUUCUCAAAGCGACAGCGAUAGUGAAUCGUCUUCUGAUGACUCAAGUUCGUCCUCCAGUGAAGGUACACAAGAUACGGAAGGAUCUCAAUCAACCAUGGAUGAAGUAGAUAUGGAAAUCUCAAACGCAAAGGAUGAUACAAAGUUGAAAUGCAAAAUGUGCCUGAAAGUUCUAAAUAAACAUAACAAAAACGAGAUAUUAAUCCAAUGUGGUACAUGCAAUGGAAACGUUCAUCCAUCUUGUAUAGAUUUAACAUUGGAUAUGGUACCACACAUUCAAUCAUAUGCAUGGCAAUGCACUGAUUGUAAAACGUGUGCGCAAUGUCAUGAUCCCGCAGACGAAGACAAGAUGCUUUUCUGUGAUAUGUGUGAUCGUGGGUAUCAUAUCUAUUGUGUUGGUUUACGACGUGUGCCGCAGGGAAGAUGGCAUUGUCAGGAAUGUGCCGUCUGCGCAAAUUGUGGUUCGAGGGAGCCUGGUGGUGCUAAUUCAGACCGAAACAGCGUUGCACAAUGGCAACACGAAUAUAAAAAAGGCGAGAAAAAUACUCGAGUAUAUGUCUCAACGCUCUGUGUACCGUGCUCGAAGCUGUGGCGAAAGGGUCGCUAUUGCCCGCACUGCAGUCGCUGUCAUACCGCCCAAAGGCUCGACCUGGAAACGAAUCUAGUGCAUUGCAGCGCAUGUGACAAGUAUCUGCACUUAGGUAUUGACACCAAGUUUUCAUACAAUUCGAAUGCGUGGAGACCAAGGGAGUAGUGGUUGAUAAGAAAAAUUAUUUAUGUGAUUUUUGUACACCGUCGACCAGCCAGCAUGUGGUAAAGCCUCUGAUGUCGAAGGUGCUCAAAACGUGAAUAUAAUUGUUGUAACAUUUUAUCGUAUGAGAAAAAGAAAAUAUCGAGCUGUAUAAUACUAAUGCCAAUGCACACAGUGUAUAUUACAUUAUAUUAAAGUAAAUAAGUUUUUUUAUUGAGUGCGUGAACAAAUAUGCGCAAGAAUUUUUCUUGGAGUACUUCAUGACAAACGAAUUACAUUGUACAUAGUUGUACAUCAUUUAAUUGUGAAUUUUUUAUGUGUAUUGUUUAUCGCAAAUGAAUUGUUUAGUAAGAAAAAGACUGAACGUUUAGUUUGGAUUACGAAUGUGUCGAAAUUAUAAGAUAUAUAUAUAUAUACAGAGUGUACGAGAAAUCGCGCACUUUCCCUCGAUUGUAGAUUGUAAAUUCUUUGGUGAAUUUUAAAUUAAUCUUGAUGUCAUAAGCUUGGUUAAACAUACAUUUUGUAACACUUUCGCAGUAUUAAAAAAGAAUUUUGUAAAAUAAAAAUUUAAUAUACACCAAAAAAUAA